CCCCAGGAAAAUCUAGCACUCCGAAAAGAUAAGAGACCAUGUUGUCAAUACUGCGGAAAGCCCGUCUGAAGGACAAGGAGAUGCGAAUAUUGAUGCUGGGUCUGGACAAUGCGGGCAAGACCACCAUUGUUAAACGGAUCAUGAAUGAAGAUGUCACCACAGUCAGCCCCACAUUGGGCUUUAUUAUCAAGACCAUUGAUUUUAUGGGAUACAAACUCAACAUUUGGGAUGUCGGUGGACAAAAGACACUACGCUCAUACUGGAAAAACUACUUUGAAAAAACGGACACCCUUGUCUGGGUAGUUGAUGCUACGGAUCGUCUUCGUGUGGAUGACUGCCGCCAGGAGCUAGCUGGGCUGCUCCUGGAAGAGCGCCUAAUGGGAGCCACACUUCUGGUCUUUCUCAACAAAACAGACGUGGAACACUGUAUGGGUGAAGAUGAAGUGCGAGAGCGCCUUGACUUGGAUCUAAUCAAAACACACAAAUGGACUAUCCUCCCAUGCAGUGCCAUGACGGGGAAAAACCUCACGGAAGGUUUGGAAUGGGUGGUACAGGAUGCUAAAGACCGACUUUUCCUGUAUUAGGCAUGACCGACCUUUGACCUAUGCUGGGUUAGGCCGACUCCCGGCGAAAGUCGGUACCAUUGGGCAUCUGAGUAUCCAACUCGAGGGAUUCAUGACCUGGAACUAAUUGAUUUAUUCACGGUCGUCCAUUCCAACUAUAGAACUUUGCGGUUUAUCCGGCGUCUGGGCGGGUUUUUUCUGCAGGUCAACCUUACCGGAGGGCCAGUGUUGGUUGCUGAACUACGUCGUUGCAGUUGCAUUUAAACUUGACAGGAGAUCGGAAGCUUCUAUGCAGCGUGCCAUAAGAAAUGCACAUAGUACAAAGCAGGUGCUAAUCAACAUUCUACUUUCUCCUCUCUGGACAAGAGCAUUACACGGCUUCGGGUCGUCUUUCCGACCACGGGAAGCUACAGAAACUCCGAAGAUGUUUGAUCUCAAUACAGGAAGGAAUCCUCCUCUCAAGCAUUUAUCGUACUCAAUGAGAAAUUCUGAAUGAAACAAUUCAUGCUACAACAACCGGGGAAAUCAUCA